AUGGGUAACUGCAAUCUCCUUGCGUUAUGCCUUCUGAAUUUUCUGGCAACUCAAGACGUUGUCGGAGUUCAAAUCCUGUCCAAGUCAAAACUUGAGAAGUGCGAGCGGAAUUCUGCCUCCGACAGCCUCAACUGCACCAAGAAAAUUGUCCUAAACAUGGCCGUUCCUAGCGGUUCUAGUGGUGGCGAGGCCUCCAUUAUAGCAGAAAUAGUAGAGGUGGAAGAGAACUCCACCAAUAAGAUGCAAACCUUGCGAACCCCCCCUGUUCUCACUGUCAGCAAAUCAGCCGCUUAUGUUUUGUAUGAGCUAACAUACAUUCGUGAUGUUCCAUAUAAACCCGAAGAAUUUUAUGUUAGAACUCGCAAAUGUGAGCCAGAUGCUACCGCCAGAGUGGUACACAUAUGUGAGAGGCUAAGAGACGAAAGUGGACAUAUAAUUCAGAGCACUCAGCCUAUAUGUUGUCCUUGUGGGGCAAAGCGUCGGAUGCCUACCUCAUGUGGGAAUUUUUUUGACAAGAUGAUUAAGGGAAAGGCAAACACUGCACAUUGCCUACGUUUUCCAGGUGACUGGUUUCAUGUUUUUAGUAUUGGACAAUGGUCACUGGGAUUCAGCGUUCAGAUUCAUGUGAAGUCAGGAUCCAAAGCUUCAGAAGUGUCUGUGGGUCCGGAAAAUAGAACAGUGGUGUCAAAUGAUAACUUCUUAAGGGUUAAUCUCAUUGGGGACCUUGUUGGGUAUACAAAUAUACCAUCAUUCGAGGACUUUUACCUUGUUAUUCCCAGGCAGGGUGGCCCUGGGCAACCUCAGAAUAUGGGUCACAAUUUCUCUAUGUGGAUGCUACUGGAAAGAGUGAGAUUUACUUUAGAUGGUCUGGAAUGCAACAAAAUUGGUGUUGGUUAUGAGACUUUCAAUAGCCAACCUGAUUUCUGCACCUCGCCAUUUUGGAGUUGUUUACACAAUCAAUUAUGGAAUUUCCGGGAGGCCGAUCUAAGUCGAAUUGGUCGAAAUCAGUUGCCUUUAUAUGGAGUGGAAGGAAGGUUCGAGAGAAUCAAUCAACAUCCAAAUGCUGGGACACAUUCAUUCUCCAUAGGAAUCACUGAAGUUCUUAAUACAAAUCUGGUCAUAGAACUGCGAGCUGAUGAUGUUGAGUAUGUUUACCAAAGGAGUCCCGGGAAGAUUAUGAGCAUCAACAUCCCAACUUUUGAAGCCCUUACACAAUUUGGAGUAGCUACAGUAACAACUAAGAAUACUGGAGAAUUGGAAGCAUCUUAUAGCUUAACGUUUACUUGUUCAAAAGAAGUCAGUCUCAUGGAGGAACAGUAUUUCCUCAUGAAGCCAAAAGAAGUUGCUAGCCGUUCGUUUAAACUCUACCCAACAACUGAUCAAGCAGCUAAAUAUGUGUGUUCUGCCAUACUUAAGGAUGCUGAUUUUAGUGAAGUUGACAGAGCUGAGUGUCAAUUUGCUACUACUUCUACUGUCCUUGACAAUGGAUCACAGAUUACCCCUUUUCAACUCCCCAAGAAAAAGGAAAAUGGUUUCGUCGAUUCAAUCAAGCUCGUUUGGAAGAGGUUAUGGGGAAACAUCGUCGACUUUGUCAUCGGGAAAUCUUGCAGAAAAGAAUGCGCACAGUUUUUCGACUUCAGCUGUCACAUACAGUAUCUAUGUUUGAGUUGGUUGGUGUUGUUCGGUCUCUUUUUGGCCAUUUUCCCGACAGUUCUUGUAGUAAUAUGGAUCCUACAUCAGAAGGGGUUAUUUGACCCUGUGUAUGAGUGGUGGGAGGGUAUGUUUGGGGCCAAAAGACAUCCCACAAGGCCAACAUGGAAGCAUAGAGGUGAAAGAAAACAUACCCAAUCACAUAGGCAUGGUAGCAGGCAUUACCAGAAUCAUGGAAGUGGAUACCACAAGAGAAGAAGCCAUGAAUCACACAAAAAGCACAAGCAUUCUGACAGAGACACUGAUCACUUUCUUCACCAUGUGCAUAGGACGAAAGAUAAAGGGGGCCAUAAUAGGGUGUAG